UAGGACUGAUGGCGCGCGAAAGCAAAUUCACGUACGGACCAACCAGAAACAUAGCGCUUCUCUUUCGCCUUCGAGUUUUCUAGAGAUAUCGAAAAGCGGUGUCGUUUGGAAACCCAUCAGCCGUCAUCACCAUAAUGUCGUCGCCGUCGAAGAGGAUCACCCUGAAGAGCUCUGAUCCCGCACUUUUCGAGGUUGACGAGACGGUGGCUCGCGAGUCGCAGAUCAUCAAGUAUAUGAUCGAGGACGAUUGCGCCGACGAAUGCAUUCCUGUACCCAACGUGAAGGGCAAUAUCUUGGCCAAGGUCAUCGUGUACUGCAAGAAGCACGCCGACGCUGCUAAGCCUGAUUCGAAGAUCACCGAGUACGAUCUCAGGGCUUGGGAUCAGGACUUUCUCGACGAUGUUAACCAGGAAACCAUAUUUGAUCUCAUUCUUGCUGCAAACUUCUUGAACAUCAAGAGCCUGCUGGACCUGACAUGCCAGCGUAUUGCAGACAUGAUCAAGGGGAAGAAUCCGGCAGAGAUCCGAAAGACCUUCAAUCUAAAGGACCAGUUCACCCCGGAGGAGGAGGAGGAAGUUCGCCGUGAGAACUCGUGGGCAUUUGAAUGAAGUUCUUGGCGGUGUUGUUUCUUUAGUUGGAACUUGGAACUGAAAACAGUUCCAUGCCCUAUCAUGUAGUAUAGUUAAUCAACUGACUUGUUAUCAUUCUCUUGAGGGUUUUACAUUCAUAGAUUUCGACCUCAUCUGGAUUUAGUUUCUCUUUUGUAAACCCUCUCUUGUAAACAUAAUUCCCCAUAAGACGUGUGUGUGCAUAGCUGGUAUCAGCGCUAGUACCUUUGGCCUUGAAGACUCGAGUGUGUAAUAUAUGUCUGGUAUGUAAUAAAAUUCCAUUUUAUUUCUUACA